AUGCAGAACUACAGAGAACCACAAACCUUCAGCCAAAGAAAGCGAGGAGGCUGCCAGGUGAUCCACCAGGCCCCCCCACAAGGAGGCCUGAGGGUUCACCAACAGGCCCCCUACCAACAAGAAGAGGAGGCAAGCCCUCCCCUUUGGACGCCAACUUCGUGGGACCAAAUUGAAAGUCUGAGUAAGCGGCUGACAAGGGAGAAGGGUGUAAGGAAAAAGCAGCAAGAAAUAAUUGAGGCCCUCAAGGGUGAAAUUCGAGAACUGCAGCAUAAGGCGAAGCUAGAGAGAUGUGAAGGCUGUGAGAAAGUCUUUUUGCAGAUGAACAUGGGUGAUUACUCCAAUAAAACCAAAGAGGAGCUCAUUGGUGUGAUUUCUGCACAAAAUGACAUAAUCAUUGAAAAGAAGACACCGACAACCCUGAAGGAAGAGGACAUCCACAAAUUGACUAAAUGGGACCUCGUCCGUGCUAACGACAGGCUAGACCUUCAGAUGCAGGGUGUAAUGACUGUGCUGAAGGCACAGGAGGCCGCCAAUAAAGCCAUGGAGCAAGAAAUGGCAGAGCUAAAAAAGCACUACAUCGGUGAGACGACAGCAGCGCCUUUCAGUUUGGAGGAGAAGGCUGAUGAUGCACAAGACAUGGCUGGAGUGCAAGAACUUCAAGAUCAGGUCACAUCAGGAUCCAAAAAUACAGAGAAGAUCCAAGAGCCCAAUGACAUUGUAUCAUCUUUGAGCAACCAGCUGGAGGAGGCCAAGCACCAGCUUCUUGAAAAAAACAAACAAGAACUGCAGCUGGAUGAGAGAAUGGAGGAAGAAAAGGACAUCCUGAAGACCACAGUGGAUGAUCUGCUACCGGAGACAUCCAAACUUGAAGAUCAGGAGGAGACAAGCAAUGUCAUCUGCAAGGAAAUCAGAGAACCCUUCCCUGAACUGGACAGCACUUCGGUGGACAGUGAAGGAGAUGACUCCAAUACAGUCAAGGAGACACCUGAGAUGAUCUCAACAACACCUGAGGUCAUCACAGAAACACCUGAGAUGGAGGCCAUCUCUCUGUGGAGGAGGUUCAAAAAGAGUGUGACUCCCAAACAUCGCCGCCAAUACAAGAGGCAGAGGCAGAGGCAGGACUGA